AUGGCUAAGCAAAUGGGAGGGGUCUCAUUAAAAGGUGAAGAGGAAGCGCUCUACACCAACAAAAGUAAAGGCAACUUUAAGCAGCACAUUGGUGGUGGAUCUAAAAGAGAUGGUGACAAGAUGAAAGGUCAUCAAGGAGAAGGAAGUUCUCGACCAGGGGGAGCUUCAAAGUUUCACGGCAACCGUGGUCAGUCCAAGAAUAAUAAAAAAUUCGAAGGUAAAUGCUACAAUUGCGGAAAGAAGGGUCAUAUGGCGAAAGAUUGUUGGUCCAACAAAAGGCCCAUUGAGAGUAAUACUGCUACUUCCAACUCAAAGGAGAAAAGUGAGGAUGAUUGGGACGCGGAAGCAUCUUUCGUUAUUGAGGAAGAGGAGAUAGCCCUCACUGUGAUGUCACCUGAAGGGAUUAACUAUAAGAAUGAUUGGAUCGUUGACUUAGGUUGCUCAAAUCACAUGACUGGUGAUAAAGAGAAGCUGCAGAAUCUGACUGAGUAUAAGGGUAAUCGUGUGGUAGUGACAGCCAACAACUUAAGGUUACCGAUAACCCACAUCGGUAAGACAAUAGUUGUACCACGACAUAACUCUAACCAAGUGCCGCUUCAAGACGUCUACCAUGUUCCAGGCAUGAAGAAGAAUCUGCUGUCAGUGGCGCAACUGACAUCAUCAGGCCACUACGUCCUGUUCGGUCCAAGAGAUGUGAAGGUGUAUCGAGACCUCAAGAUCUCAGGGAUGCCGACAAUGGAGGGACGACGAUUAGAGUUAGUCUACGUAAUGUCAGCAGAGUCUGCAUAUGUAGACAAGACAAGAAAGAAUGAGAUAGCAGAUUUAUGGCACAUGAGAUUGGGCCACGUUAGCUAUCACAAGCUAAGCGUGAUGAUGAAGAAGUCAAUGCUCAAGGGUUUGCCUAAGCUUGACGUGAGAACAGAUACGGUCUGUGCAGGAUGCCAAUAUGGUAAAGCGUAUCAACUACCAUAUGAGGAGUCCAAGUUCAAAGCAAAAGAACCAUUAGAGUAUGUGUGGGUUUUCUUUAUGAAAGAAAAAUCUAACACAUUUUCAAAGUUUAAAGAGUUUAAAGAGAUAGUUGAAGGAGAAGUGGGGAAGAAGAUUAUCUGUCUACGCACAGAUAAUGGAGGAGAAUAUACCUCAAAUGAAUUCUAUCAGUAUCUACGAGAGUCUCGCAUACGUCAUCAGUUCACAUGUGCCAACAAGCCACAACAGAAUUGA